CCAUCAGAUUUUCAGCUUCUAGGUUACUCUGUGGUUCCCUGUCUGCGUCAUCAGACCCGUCACUUGCCUUAAGAUAAAUGAAUACAUGCACGGGGUAUUUCCAGAGAUCGUGGCUUAGACAACAAUGUUACUCAUCCAAGUGGAAAACACUACAAGUUGCUAUUUGUGGCCAGAGCGUCUGUAUGGAGAUGACAAUCAGGAAAAGGGGAUUCAAGCAGCAUGAAGAGUAAGCUUUAACUGUGUCACUGUUUACGCUCUCACAGCUGAAGAGGACGUCUGACGGGGUGAGAGAGACAAGAAAAGGCAUCCUAUCCUGGGGGAGGGGUUAAGAGGAGAGGAGGAAGAGGAGGAGGAGGAGGCAGAGACAAAAAGACGACAGAGAGGCUGAGAGGACGACAGACAGAAGAGGACGGUGACGGAGACGCACGAGCAGAGAUGGAUUUAAGUUUACUUCAAGCUCUGGAGAGAGAAAGAGUGUUGGAGGUGCUUCGGAGGGACAAACAGCUGCGAACUAUCGAAGAGGACAGGAUCAGGAGGAUGAAGUAUGAGCUCCAGGACCUGAGGAGGAAAGGGGCCAAAAGUUACACGCGCCAGUACGGGGAGCGGACAUGCGCGCGCUGCCAGAGGCCCCUGGGAAAGUUCUGGAACUCGGGCUCCGUCUGCCGCGGGUGCAGCCACCGCAUCUGCCGCAGGUGCCGCGUGAGCGUGGGAGCGGCGGAGUGGAAGUGCACGGUCUGCCACGCCUACAGGGAAGUGAAGUUCAGAUCAGGUGAAUGGUUUUUAGAGGAGAAGGCGAAGAAAUUUCCCGUCACUGCAGACAAAUAUGAGACAGUUGGAGAAAGACUGUUAAAGACUUACGGUGUAUUGAGUCAUAUAUCAGUUGUGCCUCCGACCCCUCCUCCCCACAUGGAAUAUCCGUUUCUGAGCAGAUCAGGGGAUUUUAAAAACUCAAAACCUUUUACCAAAUCCAUGGAAGAUCUGAUGGUUUCCUUCACAAGUCACAUCAGAAAAAUGUCUAACUCUCAGAAUGACGUGAGAGAAGACCUGCUGAAAGUUAAUAACUACAGAAGAGGCUCAGAUUUCCACUUCUGCACGCAGAAGAGUUUGUCUGACACCGACAUCAACAAAUGUAAAAAUUUGGUGAAAGUUCCAAGUCUUCCAAACCUGUUCAAAAAGAGUAAAGACAGCGACCACGAAGGAUCGUCUACCGGGGCAGAGGAAGAAGCCUCUUACAGUUCUGAGUAUUCUGGAGGAAAGAGAGGCAGCUCCAGCAGCAUCAGCACAGACUGUGGCCUCUUUGAGAGCGUCACCGUUGCAGGAGAGCUGGAACUGGCGGUGGCCUACAACAACAACACCUCCAGUCUGGAGAUCACAGUCGGCGCCUGCAGAAAUCUCACCUACGGAAACGCCAAGAAGAAAAAGUGUAACCCAUACGUCAAAGCGUAUGUGCUGCCAGAGAAGAACAGCAAAUUGAAGACGUCGGUGAAGAAAAACACAACCAAUCCUGUUUAUAAUGAAGUUUUAAAGUUCCACAUAGAGCGCCACCUGCUGUAUGGAAAGAGGCUGCAGGCCUGUGUGUGGCACUCGAGAAGUCUGAACAGGAAGGUGUUUCUGGGUGAAGUCCUCAUCCCUUUGGACGCCUGGAGGUUUGAGGACAAAGCCCUGGAGAGUUUCCACUGGUACCCGCUGUGUGCAAAGGCAGAGAGUCCAGAUGGGGGCGCAGUAGAGCAGGAAGGAGGAGAAAUGCUGCUCAGAAUCAAAUUCAGCUCCAACAAUCAGGGUGAGCUCCUGCGGCUCAGCUCCCUUAAAUACCUACAAGACAAAGACACACACCUCUCAGUCCGCCACAUCAUUUAAUAAUAAAUGCACAGAAAUUUUCACAAAGCCUGGAAAAUAUACGACUUCACGGUUUAAAUGCGCGUAAACACUACAUGAUGUAACUCUGAAAUGACUAAUUGUGGAGGAAAUAAGCAGCAUUGUGUUAACGCUUGCUUCAUGUUGUUGUUGUUUAUUUAUUUAUUUGUUUUUUCUGAUUAGUUUUGAUGCUUUUGAAUACUGUAAGGAGCAUUAAAUACAGAAAUAAAACACCAAAAGCUUCCAUGGUUUGUCUUUUUAAGGAGCUUGGACAAGGUUGAGAUCUGCUAAGACACUGUGUGAUACAGCAGUGGACAAAAGUUAUUGGACACCCUUAAAAUUUGGCACAGUCUCAAGUACUGUCAUGAAAUAUUU